AUGCAACACUGGCUUUUGCGCUGCACGUUGUAUAACCUGUAUUGCCGACCAGUGAACGAGAGUCUUUUGCUUCAGAAGUCAUUGUUAGUAUACAUUUAUUGUACAAAAAUAUUAACAGACUGUGCACCCCGAGAGUUCGUCCUGUCACAAUUCGACGACUUCAACAUCCAAAAGUCACGUAAUCGCAUCAGUCUAAAAACAAACUUCACGGUAAACUGGAUAUGGAUUGUCAGCGUGCAGACGGUACAGGCAAAAUGCAAUAGGAACGGAAACAGCAGCUCAAUUGCAGCUCAAUUAUCCCCAGGAAGUUGUGUGCCUGGAAACGUUGAGAAAUGGAGGGAAAUGUUUACUCCAAACGUUAAUGUAAAGUCCAAGACCGAAUAUUUCACCACAGAUAUAGAUGGCGACCAACUAGCCACAAUAAAACUAGAUGGAGAGAAAUGGAAAAGAGUUCGAAACUUUAAAUAUCCAGGUUCAAUGGUCGAUGAAACUGCUGGAAUGGAUAAGGAAGUUAAUUUCAUAAUUCAAAGUGGAUGGCAUAAUUGGAGAAAAGUGUCAGGAGUGUUGUGCGAUAGGAGAGUCCCAAUAAGACUCAAAGGUAAGGUGCAUAAGGCCGUAGUCAGACCAGCCUUAACUUACGGCCUAGAAGCAGCACCACUGAAGAAGUUAGGGGAAUAG